AUGACCACAGACUUCUCCUCCUCGUCUGACCACAAGCCCAACAUCGACGACUCUCUGUACAGCCACUUCCUCGAGCACGGCUUCAAGCGCCAAAGAGUGCGAGUACCACAGCACAAGGACGACCCCACCCUCGACCUCUCCCUUCAUGUCAUAUGGCGAGAACCAUCGAAUGAAUCGCAGACCGACACACAGAUUUCCAACCUCCUUCUCCUCCAUGGUCACCCCCAAUCCGCCCUCAUAUGGUCGCGAAUGGCCCACCUGCUCCCGCGCAACGUGCGCAUCAUCAUACCCGACCUGAGGGGGCACGGCUUGAGCGAUGCCCCGCCCAUUGAGAGGAAAGACGAUGGCGACUAUGCAAACGAGGCGAUGAGUCAAAGGUACUCCAAGCGGGAGAUGGGGAGAGAUGUGGUAGAGGUGGUCAAGGCGCUAGGUGCUAAGGAAGAUGGCAGGUGGGCAAUCGUAGGGCACGACCGCGGUGGACGAGUCGCCCAUCGUCUUGGUCUAGACUUCCCCAAGUUGUUCACCCACAUCAUGCUCCUAGACAUUGCCCCCACGGUGGACAUGUACAAGAAGACGGGCCCCGACUUUGCAAAGGCCUACUGGCACUGGUUCUUCCUCAUCCAGCCACACCCUUUUCCAGAAGAAAUGAUCCUGGCAAAGCCGACGGGCUACCUGCAAAAGAUGACCUCCCGUUUCCCCUCCAGCUCGUCCUCCAGCUCCAGCUCCUCCACUGCGCUCCACCCACCAGAGAUCCUCGCGUCCUACGCAGCCACCCUCUCAAGUCCCCUCCACGUCCAAGCCACCUGCGAGGACUAUCGUUGCUCCUCCAUGGGCGGGUCAGACUGGAUUGCAGACGAGACGUCUGCUGCCCAGGGCCAGAAGGUAAAGGCGCGCGUGAGAGUGCUGUGGGGUACCAGGGGGGUCAUUGAGAAGCUCUACGGACGUCAAAGCGUCAUGCAGAUGUGGGGUGAGAAAUGUCUGAAUCUCGACCAGGAAGGAUCGAAGGCGCUAGAGGGAGGGCAUUAUCUGCCUGAGGAAGUGCCCGACCAACUCAGGAAGGAGAUCGAGGACUUCAUGGGGCUGUGA